GAGGGGAGGGGAGGGGCCCUGCCGGCAGGAGAGGCCCAGGGUCAAAACGUCCGGCCUUGGGGGCCGAGGCUAGGCAGCCAGGUCGCCUGGGCGACGCUGAGUGGGCCGGCGUCGAGGUCCUGGGUCUCAGGGACCGCAGGACGGGUCGCAGGAUCGUCCGCCAUUGCCGCCGCCGCAGCUGCACUGGGAGUCAGCGGGGAUGGAACAGGAGGCGUCGCAGUGGGGCUUCGAGCCGCAGGAUAUGCAAAGUCUUGACGAAAUGGGGCCUGAAGGGUCCCUCAAAGGCAACAUGCAUGAGAAUAAUGAGGAAGAGGAAAUUUCUCAGCAAGAAGGCACUGGGGACUAUGAGGUCGAAGAGAUUCCUUUUGGGCUUGAACCCCAGAGCCCUGGGUUUGAGCCACAAAGCCCAGAGUUUGAGCCUGAAAGUCCAGAUUUUGAGUCCCAAAGUUCUGGGUUAGUGCCCCCAAGCCCUGAAUUUGCACCCAGAAGUCCUGAGUCAGAUUCUCAGAGCCCUGAGUUUGAACCACAAAGCCCUAGGUAUGAGCCUCAAAGUCCUGGGUAUGAAUCCCAGAGCCCAGGGUAUGGACCCCAAAACCCUGAGUUCAAAACCCAAAGCCCUGAAUUUGAAGCUCAGAAUUCCAAAUUCCAGGAAAGUACAGAGAUGCUUCUCAAUCCAGAGGAAAAGACUUCCUUGAGCAUCCCCUUGGGAGUCCAUCCUUUGGACUCCUUCACCCAGGGGUUUGGGGAGCAGCCCACAGGGGACCUUCCCUUAGGGCCACCUUUUGAGAUGCCCACAGGGGCCCUGUUGGCUACACCCCAGUUUGAGAUGCUCCAGAAUCCCCUGGGCCUGACAGGGACCCUGCGAGGAACAGGCCGAAGGGGGAGCCGGGCCAGGGGUGGGCAGGGCCCUCGGCCUAACAUCUGUGGCAUCUGUGGGAAGAGCUUCGGCCGGGGCUCCACUCUGAUCCAGCACCAGCGCAUCCAUACGGGUGAAAAGCCCUAUAAAUGUGAGGUCUGUAGCAAGGCCUUCUCCCAGAGCUCUGACCUCAUCAAACACCAGCGUACCCACACAGGGGAGCGGCCCUACAAGUGUCCCCGUUGUGGCAAGGCCUUCGCUGACAGCUCUUACCUGCUUCGCCACCAGCGCACUCACUCUGGUCAGAAGCCCUACAAGUGCCCGCACUGUGGCAAGGCCUUUGGAGACAGCUCCUACCUCUUGCGGCACCAGCGCACUCACAGCCAUGAGCGGCCCUACAGCUGCCCUGAGUGUGGUAAAUGCUACAGCCAGAACUCAUCCCUGCGUAGUCACCAGAGAGUGCACACUGGGCAGAGGCCCUUCAGCUGUGGCAUCUGUGGCAAGAGCUUUUCCCAGCGAUCGGCACUUAUACCCCAUGCCCGAAGCCAUGCCCGUGAGAAGCCUUUCAAGUGUCCUGAGUGCGGCAAGCGCUUUGGUCAGAGCUCUGUGCUGGCCAUCCAUGCACGCACCCACCUGCCAGGCCGCACCUACAGCUGCCCAGAUUGUGGCAAGACCUUCAAUCGCUCUUCUACGCUGAUUCAGCACCAGCGUUCCCACACAGGCGAGAGGCCCUAUAGAUGUGCUGUGUGUGGUAAGGGUUUCUGCCGAUCUUCAACACUGCUGCAGCAUCACCGAGUCCAUAGCGGGGAGCGGCCCUACAAGUGCGAUGACUGUGGAAAAGCCUUCUCACAGAGCUCUGACCUCAUCCGCCACCAGCGGACCCAUGCUGCCGGCCGUCGCUGACCUGGGGCCCUGUCAGGGGCAGGCCUGUUUUGGUUGGAAGAGGUGGGGACACGGAGCUAGAAAAAUCUUUAGAAUAGUGGAAAAGCUGGGGGAGAAAAGAGGAGUUGAGGAUAUUAGGAGGAGAGGGGCUAGGGUGGAGGAAGUUUCGUGCCCUGGAGACUUAUGGGAAAUGGGUAAUGAAAAGGGGUUGGAGGGAAGCCAAAUAAGCAGCAGGAGGCUUGGAGAAUCCAGAGAGAGGUCAACAGAGACCUGGCCUCAGCAGUAGCCUGCCUCUUGGUGGAUGCCUGCUUGGCAAAGUGCUAGAUGGGGGAGGGGGGAGGGGGAGGGCUUCUUAGAGUGGGUUAGCUUAGAUCAGUAGCUACUGAGACCCUUGUUGAGUCAGGAAGGGGUUAGGGUAGGUGGGGUGAGGAGUAAAGCCCAGAGUGGGGCCUGGGCCUCAGUGCAAACCCAGCCUCCCUUGUCUUCCUCAGGCUUUUGAGCCCCUGAAUUUGAGUUCAAUAAAAACCUCUAUGUGCUGAAAGAAA